CUCAGGAGCCCUCAUACAUAAAGAUAGUGUGUGUAUAUAUACUUGGUGCAAUGGAGCGGCCGGUCACAGUCGCACCCCUCCGGGUUCAAGAUGACAACAUUUGUCAGUCUACAAAUGAUCUCCAUCGGCUCGCUGUUGGUCUUCAAUGCCUUCAUUUCUACCUCUGCUAAUGGUAAUUCGAGCCACAACUGCUUGUCUGCAGCCGAUGUGAAGAAGAAAGGUGAAAGGUUUGAGAAGAAAUUUGCGGAGGAACUGAUCUUCACUAAAAUCCUGCGGACCGCCACGCGAAACUGUUCUGAAGCGGCUGCAGAAAUGCGCGAGGCCCUGCACCAACGCUCCUUGUCCCCGUGGAUGUACAUAGAAGACCGAGACGACGAUAGGUUUCCUCAUGUGAUCAGCUUUGCCAAGUGCCUUUGUGAAGGUUGCAUCAUCAACAAGCAAGAAAACUUCAGCUACAACUCUGUUCUUGUGUAUGCUCAGCUGCCCGUCAUGGAGAAGACUAAAUGCGAUGGAUACUCAGACAGAUACAAGGUCAAACAGGGUUUUAUCAAUGUCCCUGUAGCCUGCACUUGUGUUGUGCCCAACUACACUAAAUGAUCACAUGACGUGGAUUCUUUUUUAAAGUUAAAAUGAAAACUGUUGGGUUCAGUUCCUCAAACCUAAUAUGAAUUACACCAGACAUUAUUCAAGACAGGGAUGGUAGGUUAUUAGCAGUGUAGCUCUAGAGUCAUUUAACCUUUUGAAAAUCAUGAUGGAUUUGCCUUCCAAUAUCUAAUGCUGUAGCAGAUACCGAAACAAUAUAUCAAUGUGAGAGCAGCAUGUUAUUGUUGUACCUGCUUGAGAUGGGGCAAAUUUCAACUAAUCCGUUUGCUAGUUGAGUCCAGUGAAUCCAAAAAGUCUCCAGAUAAAUCCAAAGGGUCAUGAGAUGUUUAAAUCAUAUUAUAGCUUUUUUUGUUAAUGGGAACAAAUCACAUCAGGUUCAAGCUGCAACCACCGUGAAAAGAGAAGCCUUACUUAAACCUGCAUUCUUCCAAAUAGCCAAAAGGGGGAGACUCCCAUGGUUGCCAUCUUACUGUAUAGACGUCUGUGAGAAAAUGACUACUUCUCACUUGAUUUAUUACCUCAGUAAACAUUUUCCGAAUGACUUUACAGUAUAGUCAUUCACUGGUUUCAAGUCUUCUUAAGUGCAUCAGGAUGUUUGUAUAGGAAAUGAUGGUCCCAUUUCGAGGAAAAAAGGGAUAUUUAUAUGAAAAAAUGUGAGAAGUUUAGAGCGGACAUUUUAGUAACUAAUCUGAAAUGUGCAUGGAUUUAAACGAUAAGCACUUUUAAAGCUCAGUAAAUUAAGCAAUAUAUUUAAUUUGUUUAUUUAAAUAAUCAACUGUGACUUAAAGUUUAACCAUUGAUCUUCUAAUGUUGAGCUACUAGUAAGAGAAUCAACUUGUCUCUUAGGUAUAAAAAGGACAGUAUCAGACACAUGUUCAAGUUACUUCCAUUUUUUAACCACACUUUGAAUAAUUACUUUUAAAAGUCUUUAAAGCAUCAACGUUCUGGAUAAAGGGUGUUAGGCACCUUUCCAGGUUAAAGAUAUGACCAGUUAAUUCACUACAUAAGAUUUAUUGAGUGACUGCCUUGC